GUCAACGUUUUCGUACACCGAGGUAUACAUUCUUAGCUUACAAAUUCGCAGAUCACUGUCAACAUUUAUCGUCUUUGGCAAUAACCUCACAACGUAUUAUGGGCAUGUGAAUCAUCCACCCAUCCAAGGAAUCUAGACCAACUCUCGUUUGCCUGGCCUAGACCUAUUCACGCUAACUACCAUAGUACUGUCCUGAGUUCUCACGGCUAGGCAGUGCUGUUGGUAAAGCUCAACAAUCUGUUGACUUGAGCUAGCAGUCGCGUUUUUUUCUCUAGUCUGGCGAACACUACUUGAGACUUGCCGGGUGGAAGGCUGCGCCUUCGACUCGGCUAGGCUUCACGCCGAUAUGGAUGGUGAGGAUCAGUCUAUGACUGAUGCGCCUAAUGGCUUCGACGAGUCCCACGUCGUCGCCGUGACAAGGCAGGAAGGCGGCGACGUUUCUAUCGAGAACGGCGUUAACUUGGACAUGGACGAGAGUGAAGCAUUUAGUGAAACCGACGAAACAAUAAAAUCUAUGCGUCGAUUAGGUGUGCUUCCCACGGGAUGCUGUUACGAUGAUAGAAUGAAACUCCACGCAAACGCCGAUUUUGGGCCCUCACCACACCAUCCAGAAGACCCGAGGAGAAUCGAGGAGAUCAUGAAGAUGUUUAAGAAAGCUGGACUCGUUUUCACGGGUCCCGAUUCUGAUCUUCUUGACAUCCUGAGAGAAUGUCCGACCAAAUAUAUGUGGAGGAUUCCAGCUCGUCCGGCCACAAAGCAGGAAAUCUGCACGGUACAUACUCCAAGGCUCUAUGACUGGGUUCAAAAUCUCUCCCAGAUGUCGACGAGAGAGUUACGAUCAUUGAGCCAUAAGCUAGACCAAGGGAGGGCCUCUCUAUACGUAGGUGGUAUGUCUUAUGAAGCAGCACUACUUGCAGCAGGAGGUUGUGUAGAGACUUGCAAGAACGUUGCUUCUGGACAAGUGAAGAACGCAUUCGCUAUUAUUCGACCACCGGGUCAUCACGCCGAGUGUGAUGUACCUAUGGGUUUUUGCCUCUUUAAUAACGUCCCCAUCGGCGCCAGAGUCUGUCAAGAUGAGUAUCCAGACACUUGCCGCAAGAUACUUAUCUUGGAUUGGGACGUUCAUCACGGAAAUGGUGUUCAGAAUAUUUUCUACGAAGACCCGAAUGUCCUAUAUAUAUCCCUCCACGUCUAUGAAGAUGGCAAUUUUUACCCGGGAAAACCAGAUAACGAUAUGAUACCCGACGGAGAUAUAGACAAGGUCGGCGAAGGUCCAGGCAAAGGGAAAAACGUGAACAUCGGCUGGCCAUCUCAAGGUAUGGGCGAUGGCGAAUACCUCGCGGCUUUCCAAAAGAUUGUAAUGCCCAUUGCUCGCGAAUUCGACCCCGACAUGGUAAUCAUCUCUGCUGGCUUUGAUGCGGCCGAUGGUGACGAGUUGGGUGGAUGUUUUGUCACACCACCAUGCUACGCACAUAUGACGCACAUGCUCAUGUCCCUCGCUGGCGGAAAGGUAGCCGUAUGUCUCGAAGGAGGCUAUAAUUUGAAGGCAAUUUCUAAUUCAGCUCUGGCCGUCGCCCGGACACUCAUGGGAGAACCACCACCAAAGAUGGGCGUACCGCCCCUCAACAAGGAUGCAGCAAGACUCUUAGCAAAGGUUCAAGCUGUGCAAGCGCCGUACUGGGAAUGCAUGAGACCUGGGAUAAUCGAAGUCCGGGAAUUGGGAGAUAAUACUUCUCGUUUACACGACGUUAUUCGAGGUUAUCAGCGACAGGUACUGUCCGAUAAGUAUGCUAUGGUCCCCCUCUUUAUUCAGAGGGAAAUCCUCUAUAAGUCGUUCGAGAACCAGGUCCUUGUCACGCCGUGCUUGCAAGCCAAGAAAAAAGUUAUAUUCUUCAUUCAUGAUCCUCCCGAGUUGAAGGCGAUGCCGGAUAUUAUCGAUAACACAGUUGAUCCUCAUAACGGCUUCAUCUUGGAUGGUGUUAUGUCCUAUAUUGAUUGGGCUCAUAAGAAUGACUUUGGUAUUAUGGACGCCAAUAUUCCUCAUUACAUCACUCAUUCUGAGGACAUCGACGCGUAUACUCCCCGCGCAGACGAGAAGACUUUGCAACGGCAGAUUCAGGAACUAGUAUGCUAUAUAUGGGAUAACUAUCUUCAGCUCUACGACGUGGAAGACCUAUUCAUUGUAGGCGUAGGCAAUGCAUACCUAGGCGUUAAGGUCCUUCUGACGAAUAGAGAUUGCAAAAAUCGAAUCGCGGGAGUGAUUAAUUUCGUAACGGGUAACCUACGGCCAGUGAAAUCGGAAACUGAUACAGAACUGUCGAGCUGGUAUAAACAGAACUCGCUAGUCUAUGUCACAAAUGACCAUGCUUGUUGGAAGGACAACGAUUUGGCAAAGAAGGUACUGAAGAAACGCUUCGGGGGGGUACACAGGAGCCCGGAAGUUGGGCUCAACCGGAUGAUGGAGGCACACGCGAAAGAGGUGUAUCAAUUCAUCGGUGAGAGGUGUAGUCAAGACGGAAGUGGUAAUACCACGGAAGACGAGAAGUAGAUUUCAGAAGUCGAGAAUAUUUGUAGCUGUCUAUAGUAGCUACCUACCUGGUAGUUGUAUAUAUCAAACCGGAGAGAGUGCGAGGGUGCAAAGGUUCGAAGAGGGAGUGCUUAGGUAUUUACUAGAGGUAGUUGCGGACUAGGCAACGAUUCCGUAGGCUGUAGCUUUCAUUUUUCUACGUAGGAGAUUAGGCUUAUUACUACUAGCGUUUUGAAAGAGGUACCUAUAUAGACCUUAUGUACUUAGUUCCGCUGGGCAUCGGCAAGAGAACUGCAGUAGCAUAUUGGUUGUUGCAUAUGUUGUGAGCGAUACCACAACGUACUUGCCUUGGGUUAGGUACCUACCUCUUAGGUCGCAGCUACCAAACUCGCAAAGUUCUCUUUCAAGUAUGUAGCUCUCUCUUUUUCUCUCCUUUCCUAUUUGAAAGCUUCCACUUAACCCACUCGCGAAACCACCAAAUAAUUACAUCUAGUUACUUGCAACUUCUUUACGUGCA